AUGCAUUCUAAAUUGGGUCAUUCUCUAUCCCGGGAACUUGGUGCCAGCCCAUCUUUGAGUGUGUGUUUCCUCUGUCUUAGUUUUGAAGCUGCUUCUUCUAAGCCAAGAGCGAGUAAUCAAGCAAGAGAGAUGGGCAACAGCAUGAAGACAUCUACUGCACCACCUGAGAGACCUCUGCCUGGCCCAAUGGGACUGGACAAUGACUUCCUUGCUGUUCUUUGUGAUUAUCCAUCUCCUGAUAUCAGCCCACCCAUAUUCCGCCGAGGAGAGAAACUACGUGUGAUAUCAGAUGAAGGAGGCUGGUGGAGAGCGAUUUCCCUUAGUACUGGCCGAGAAAGUUAUAUUCCUGGAAUGUGUGUGGCCAAAGUUUACCAUGGUUGGCUUUUUGAAGGAUUAGGAAGAGACAAAGCUGAAGAACUUUUACUGCUGCCUGACACAAAGAUGGGUUCCUUCAUGAUCAGAGAAAGUGAAACUAAGAAAGGUUUUUAUUCACUAUCGGUGAGACACAGACAAGUGAAACAUUAUCGUAUCUUCCGUCUACCCAACAACUGGUAUUAUAUUUCUCCAAGACUCACCUUCCAGUGCCUGGAAGACCUCGUGAAUCACUAUUCUGGUGUCUAUGUCCUGUUUUCUGAGCUAGAAUGCAAACGCCUUAAAUCAGCAACUUCUAGUGAAUCCUUUAAGUCCAUGAUGGUGAACCUAUGGCACAUAGAGAACGCUCCACAGGCACAUGCAGGCCCCUCACUUGGGAAGCUGGCCUGCCUCCACCCCAACAAUCCUGCUUUUAAACAGGGGCCAGAAGAGGAGGUGGGGACACCCAUUCCUGUGAGCCGGUGGAAGACCUCAAAUAUCUUUUUCUCAGCAAUAAAAAACAGCUUCAGGACACUCUGGAAUUACUAG